GCUAAAUGUAAAUUACGUAAAAAUACUAGCUAGAGGGUCUGUAUACGAGUCCCAAGGUUUUUCUAUCUUUUUAAGUGGAUUUUUUGUAAAGAUUUUCUCAUCAUGAAGUUUGUCAUACUGUGCCUACUGGGCAUCAUUCCCCUGGCGUGGUCGUACGCUGAUGUGAGCGACAAGGUGCACUUCGAGGACAUAAUCAAGAAACCGGACGUGCUGCGCGCGGAGCUGUACUGCUACCUCGACCGCGGGCCCUGCGACGAGGUGGCCGCGCAGCACAAGAUCCACAUCACCGAGGCGGUGGACACAGCCUGCGCGAAGUGCACUCCGACCCACAAGCACAACGUCAAAGUGUUCAUCCAGGGAGUGAGCCACCUGUUCCCGGAGCUUUACCACGAGUUCCGGGACCGAUACGACCCGGACGGGAAGCACUACGAUGUCCUCAUAGAUGAGGUGCAGAAAUUUUGA